AUGGACACGCACACUGACCUCCGACACCUUUGCGGUAUUGCAGGCAAGCUUGUCAAGGACCUCUCCCACAUUGCCGUCACUUUCGGUCGCCCCGAGAAGAACGUCAUCUCGAUUGAGCUGCACCACGGUGUCCGCAAGGGUGUCGCUACCCUCCGUACCGUCCGUACCCUCAUCAACAACUUGAUCAUCGGUGUCACCAAGGGCUUCAAGUACAAGAUGCGCUACGUCUACGCCCAUUUCCCCAUCAAUGUCAACGUUGAGAAGAACGCCGAGACUGGCCAGUGCGAGGUUGAGAUCAGAAACUUCUUGGGUGAGAAGUACGUCCGUCGUGUGACCGCCCAGGCCGGUGUCGACAUCGUCCCCUCCCCCAACGUCAAGGAUGAGCUCCUGCUCUCCGGAAACUCCCUCGAGGGUGUCUCCCAGAGCGCCGCCGACAUCCAGCAGAUCUGCAGAGUCCGCAACAAGGAUAUCCGAAAGGUGAGACUGCGCCCCGAGAUCCAGCAGGACGGAAACGACGGGGUCAUCCGCAAGCAUGUGAAAGGGAGGCCUUCCCCCCACACCCAAAGUAAUCAGCGGUUCUCGUUCCUCCAUCAUUCCCCGCCCAUGACCUCUUGGUCACUCGUGGCCACAAUGGACGACUCUUGGAAGUCUAUUCGCAUCUGCGUUGCAUUUUUUGCCUUUUGCAGGAUGAUGCUGGACGUGGUGCUGUUCUGGAAGGCUAGACUCUUUUCAUGGUUGACGUCAGACCGGAAGAAAAAGCUUCGACAAUCCCUGGCCUCGGCGCAAGUAUACGAAGAAUGGGAGGAGGCUGCCUUGGAGUUAGAUAAGCUCCUCUACUCGGAUGCAUGGCGAGACAACUACGCAAGCCGACACUAUGAUUACCGGCUGAUUAAGGGAAGACUGGAAACACUGAGGACGGCUAAACGGACCAACGACAUCUUGAAUCUCGUCAACCUGCUUCGGUCGGGUCUGGUGCGUAACCUGGGCAAUAUCACGUCGCCCAAGCUCUUCGUUCACGCCUACAUCGGCACAAAGCUCUUGAUCACCGAAUACGUCACUGAGGUCGCGCGCGCCAUCCAGCAUGUGACGGCUUUGGAAACGACUCCGAUUCACGAGAGCGGAUUCACGUCCCAAGCGAAGCUGGAGUUGCUGCACGAUACACGUCAGGCUUUCGGACGAACGACGUUAAUUCUUCAAGGCGGAUCUGUCUUUGGAAUGUGCCACCUCGGCGUGGUAAAAGCACUGCACUUGCAGGGUCUUCUGCCCAGGAUCAUUACCGGAACCGGCACGGGGGCCCUGAUUGCUGCUUUGGUUGGGAUUCACACCGAAGACGAGUUACUGACGUUCCUCAAUGGCGAGGGCAUAGACCUAACCGCCUUUGAUCGUCGACGAGGGAAGGAAGCAUUCGACGUCCACGGUCAGUGGCUGUGGCAACAAACCCAGGACGGCUGGCUAUGGACACUCUUGCGUCGUAUCAAGCGGUUCGUUCAGAAAGGCCAUUUCUUCGAUUCAGGGGUGCUUGAGGAAUGUGUACGAGCGAACCUCGGCGACCUGACCUUUGAAGAGGCGUAUGCCCGCUCCAAACGUAUCCUGAAUAUUACGAUUGCCACGUCCAGUAAGACGGGUGCUCCGAAUUUGUUGAAUUACCUGACAGCGCCGAAUGUUUUGAUAUGGUCUGCUGCCGUGGCGUCUAAUGUAUCUAGUAGUUCAUUAUACCAGCCAGUCACGAUCUACUGCAAGGACGAAACUGGCUCCAUUGUGCCAUGGCCAUAUUCGCAAGACGUCACGUUCCAGCCCUGGCGGCACGUUCAGUAUAGCGAGGGGGAGUCGCCCCUUUCCCGUAUCGCCGAACUAUUCAACGUCAAUCAUUUUAUUAUCUCGCAGGCGCGGCCAUACCUCGUCCCAUUCCUCAGCUCUGAAUCAGAGCUUCUUGACCAGCGACCCGUGGGCCGGUGGAAUUUCACACGUACCCCGAUGCGCCUGGUUGUGGCGGAAUUCCGCCACCGUCUGAAGCAGCUGAGCUUCCUCGGUCUCCUGCCCCAGUCGAUCGGCCGACUCCUAAUCGAGGAGACCAUCCCCGGCCCCAGCCUAACGCUGGUCCCCGAUCUCGCCUGGAGCGACUUCACCAAGCUGUUCGAGAACCCGACCAAGGAGAGCCUGGACCACUGGAUCCUGAAAGGCGAGAAGGGGUUGUGGCCAGCGGUGAGCGCCCUGUGGGUGCGGUGCGUGGUGGAGGUCGAGCUGGAUAAAGGGUACCAGGUCGUGCGGCGCCGACGGCCAUCCGAGACGUACUAUCCGGCUGCAAACGUUUCCAUGCCUGGGCAGCGACGCAUGCCAAAUGAAGGGCUCCCUCGGAGACGCAGGGGGUAUAGUAUUGAUCACGGACGAGACCCUGUCGCUGUGCUUGGAACAAUGGAGUACCAAGAGGAUAAUUCUAAUCCGUUAUAG